UAGCUGCAACUUCAGGAUCUGGGAAAACAUUGCUGUCGGGACCCGGCAGUCGGUUCCUCACUUUGAAGUGCGCUGCUCCAGCCUGUCGGCUCAGUUGGUGUUGGAGUCGCCUACAGGAGAGACCUACCAUGCGGCAUUGCAGCCUGAAACCAUAGGGAGGAGAAAAGGAGGAGGGAGAAAAGCGGUAUUUUUUCCUCUCGAGUGCAUUUUUCUCUCCGUAAACCGACUCAAUCCUGAACGGACUGUAUGUGGACGCGUCGCGGAGACGAGUACUGUGGAUUAUAUGCGUUUUUUGUGGAUAAAAAAAACAACUGGAGUUUAAUUUGAGGAGAGAACUCGUGGAUCGAUGAGAGAAGACGGGCAGCCAGAGAGAAGCUCCCCCGCUGACAUAAGAGAGUGAGGAGAUUACAGUAGAAGCUCAGAGGCGAACAACACACAGGCUCUCUCCUGCUGCCUUCACAGCCAUGAGCCGGGCGCUCAUGGCCCAUAUCGCCAGUAGUUUCCGAGAAGAUGCUCCUCGACCCCCGGUGCCGGGGGAGGAGGGCAAGGCGCCCUGCUACCCCGGCAAACUCGCGAUGAUAAAACCCGUGGAACUCCCCAAAUCGGUUUUUCUCGGCUCUCCGGGAUCCUCUGCACGGAGGAACGAGGAUGGUCUAGGGGAGCCGGAGGGAAGUGCCUCCCCGGAUUCACCGCUUUCUCGGUGGACAAAGUCUUUGCACUCUCUCCUCGGGGACCAGGACGGUGCUCUUCUUUUUAGGACAUUCCUGGAGCGGGAGAAAUGUGUCGAUACUUUAGACUUCUGGUUCGCCUGCAAUGGAUUCAGGCAAAUGGACCUCAAGGAUACCAAAACGCAGAGAGUCGCCAAAGCUAUUUACAAGCGCUACAUCGAAAACAACAGCAUUGUCGCACAACAGCUCAAGCCCGCGACUAAGACCUUCAUACGGGAUAAUAUCAAGAAGCUACACAUAGACUCUGCGAUGUUCGACCAGGCGCAGACAGAGAUCCAAACCAACAUGGAGGAGAAUGCGUACCAGAUGUUUUUGACCUCUGACAUUUACCUCGAGUACGUGAGGACUGGGGGAGAAAACCCGAAUCACGUCAGCUCCAACGGGCUGGGCGACCUGAAAGUUGUUUGUGGAUACCUGCCCACACUGAAUGAAGAGGAGGAGUGGAGUUGUGAUUUCAAAGCCAAAGUGCUGGUUGGAUUGUCAGCGAAGAGGUCGACUGUGUCCAUGAGGGCGGUGGAGGUGAUGGAGAGGGGAUACAGAUCCUACAAGAGAGGAGACUCGAUCAACCCCUGCCACGCCGGCUCUUUCGCCCCCGUCAGCAGCACCAACGACAGCGAGGUGUCCAGUGACGCUUUGACGGACGACGCUAUGUCCGUGACUGACAGCAGUGUAGAUGGCAUCCCUCCGUAUAAACUGGGCUCAAAGAAGCAGCUACAGAGGGAGAUGCAGCGCAACAUGAGGAUGAACAGCCAAGUCUCUCUGCCUGCUUUCCCUCGGACGCGCCGUCCUCCCAAGGAGAUGGUGCCGAUGGAGCCGUCGGCGUUCGCAGCCCAGCUCAUCUCCCGCCUGGAGAGCCUGAAGAGGAAGCAGGACACGCUCAGCUCUCUGGAGGAGAAGCUGCAGCAGAUUCAGGAGGAGGAGGAAAAAGACGACACGGAGAUCACGGGAAGUGCUCCCCAGCUCUCCCCCCACCCCCUCACCCUCCUCCCUGGCUCCUCUGAUGAGGACCCCCAGGCGAUUCUGGACGAACACCUGUCUCGCGUGCUGAAGACCCCCGGCUGCCAGUCUCCCGCCGUCAUCCGACACUCGCCUCGCUCCAGCUCCCCGGAGCACGGGCCCCUCACACGGGCUGGUUUUGGGAUCAAGUCGCCCUCCAGUCCCGACCAAGGGGCCAUCACUCUGUCCCUGGGCCCCGGCAGGACCCUCAUAAGCAGGCAGAGCACCAAACACAUCCACCACCACUACAUCCACCACCACGGCAGCCCCAAGAGCACCGAGCAGAUCGAGAGGGAGGCGGCCCUCAGGGUGCACGGCCUGUGCUCCAGCGGUGGGGAGGGCCAGCCUUACCAGCGCAGCCGCAGCCUGGGCAGAGAGAUGUGCGGAGCCGCCUCAGCAGACAGCAGCGUGGGGCGUUCCAGCUCUCUCUCCAGGCGUGUGUGUCGCUCAGGGGUCGAGGAUGGAGGAGCAGAGAGGUGUCUGGAGGACUGUGGGCCCUCGCAGCUGCCCAGCGACACGGCAGAUCCCGCCCAGAACGUGCUACAGUGGAUCCUGGAGAGUAAACGGCAAGGCAGGCACAAGUCUCACAGCAACCAGAGCACCAAGAAACCCUUUAGCGGCUCCUCUGCACAGACGCACACGUGGGGCGGUGGCGGAAGCUGUGGUCACCUACGGAGCCACCAGCCAGCACAGCCAUUCAUCCAGGACCCUGCAAUGCCCCCUCUGCCCCCUCCCAACACUCUGGCCCAGCUGGAAGAGGCCUGCCGCAGACUGGAGGAGGUCUCCACCAAGACCACCAAGCAAAGGCAUCCAACGUCCAGUCUCCAGCAAGAGAAGAGCCACCUAGUGCCUGUCCAGGGAGAGGUCUCCGUCCCGCUGUCCCAAGCCAAUCCCAGCCCUGCGAGCCAACUCACAGCCAGCCCCGGCCUCCAAUCAGAAGAGACAAAGGAGUGUAAAAAGAGUUUAGGAGGCGAGACAGUGGUGACGUAUUUCUUCUGCGGCGAGGAGAUCCCCUACCGGAGGAACAUGAAGAGCCACUCUCUCACCCUGGGCCACUUCAAGGAGCAACUCCGCAAGAAGGGCAACUACAGGUACUACUUUAAGAAGGCGAGCGACGAGUUUGAGUGCGGAGCCGUGUUUGAGGAGGUUUCAGACGACAGCUCCCUGCUGCCCACGUACCAGGGCAAGAUCCUUGGCAAGGUGGAGGGGAUGGACUGAGACCUUGUGGAUUAUCUGGACACUUUACACCUCAAUGGAUGUACUCCCUUCAUAUUCUCACAAACUUAGAAUAGGUGUCCUUUAAGCUAAGACUGGAGACGUUGAAGGAAUGUCUCGGGCAGAUGGACAGUAAAGGAAGGACAUGUUGUCGCUAUCACAGGACUAUCAUGUGAACAGCCCGCUCUGAAGUGAAGAAAAUAAAAGAUUGGACUGAAAUGUCUCUGUGUCUCCAGAAGAGGAGACUCAAGAGACUCUAGGUGAAUGACCACUCCUCAAAGAAGCGGGGCGGUGGGUUAAAAAUUGAGACUGACGUCCUACCUGCCCGUGCUAGCAUCUGCUCACUAGCACAGCGCUAAUAUGUAUAUGCAGAUACAUGUACAUGGCAUUGUAUUGUGAUGCUUGUAUUGCUGUGUUAAGAUUUCUAUUGCUAUUUAUUGGAAAUAUCCCCGCCCCCACACUUUUGUUCCUCCAUGGACAAGCUGCUUCGAGUUGGAGAAACUUCUCCGAUUGUCCACACCCGUGUUUUUUUCCCCCUUCCGAGCAUCAGUUGUCAAAGCAAAGGAAAUGGGGUUUUAUUCAUUUUCUGCCCCUCAUAUUGAACUGUAAACUUUAAAAAAAAAUACCUCUUCAAAAUAUCCACUCCUGUUCCUGGAGAUUUAGCGGGUCAUCAUCUGUGAUCUCUUGGCUGGAGAGCUUACUGCUGAAGCUUUGAGAAAUGGCUCUCGCUUAAAGUCCGAUAAUAUAUUUACUACUGCAGUGCUAUUUGUGGCCGUGUCCCCAUCUGCUCUGACUGUACUAUGAAACAAAAAAAAAAGGAAGAAAAAUGUUUAAUUCCCAACUCUGGGAUUGUUCCCAGUUAGCCUUGAUCUGUCGCGUCUUAGUGCCUUUGUUUCAGUGGCGCAGGCAUCGCACAAAUAGCCUACGUAUUUACUAAGAGGAAGCUGCCCUGAACAGGUCCUAAAGUCCCCAAAAUGUGUUUACACCAAUAUUAAUAUUUACCAACAAAUAGCUCUAUAAUGUGCCCCCCCAACGUGCAUACCUAUGUGAUUGUGUGACUGAGUAGAGUAGUGUUACUCUGUGUGUAUCUGAAAGCUGCACUAUGAGCUGCAGAGGAUCAUUCUGGUGGUGAUAUACACUAUGCCCAUAGUGUUUUAAAUGAGUACAGUAGCUGUGCCUACAUGGAUUCUUGCCGUGUUUUACCCAGUUUUCAGGGUCUUAUUACUCCCUUGGUUUUUACAAGGGGCCUUAUGUUGAAAAGAUAUUUUUAUGCCUUUUAGUAUCCGUUUCCUCAUGUUUAUGUUUUAUAAUAUUUUCCAUGGCUUCCUUGGCUCCACUUGUAAACUGUAAAUUAUGCGUUCUAUAGAGCUCAGUUCAAAAGAUGCCUCGGUACUUUAAUUAUUGUAAUUAUGAAGAGAUGUAGCCUUUAUUAAAAUGUUCUAUUUUUCAAAUUAUCAAA